CGCUUGCGAGUCGUGUAUAAACGCCGGUCGCGGCCGCGGCGCGCACUCCCGCGGGCGACACGAAAUGCUGCGCCGCGACUCGGCGCGCGAGCGCGACCUCGACUACGGCCGCGCGCUCGACAAGCUCGACCACGAGAAGCGAGACAAGCCUGACAGGCGCGACAAGGACAAGCGCGAUAAGGAGAUCAGACCAAGAGCGCGCACGCCCGAUGGAGCUGUUCUGGCGAGGAGGCAGAUGGCGAUCGAGCGCGGCGCGGCGGCGGAGGUGGCGCCCACCCCGCGCGCCGCCAGCCCCGCGCCGGACGAGCCCCGUCCGGAGCCUCCCACGCGGCUGCUAACCCUCGCACACGGGGAGCACCAUGACUCCACCAUCUACCGGUUUGAGAAGGGGACAGUCAUCCGGUUCUGUCCGGGGCCCAGUCUGCUCGGCCGCAAGGUGUUCCUUUACACCAACUACAUCAUCACCGACAGCCAGGAUGAAAAGGCGGAAGUGUCCGAGUUCGUCCGUAACCAGUACUACGCACUGGAGUGGCGGUGCGAAGACGAACAGGGGACGGAGGAGCUCGGCACGGGAGCACUCAUCACAGACACGGAUAUGUAUGCGGAGCUGAAGCUGACGAGAGCUGGGGCCUUCCAUUACUACUUCGUCUACGACAGCGCAGAGUCGUCGAUCGGUCCGACGGGGUCGGGCUGGCUGCACUGCGCGCCCGCGGUGCGCGUGGGGCCGGGCGGCCGCGACACCGUCGCCGUGGAGGGGCUGACGUGUCAGACGGUGCUGGCCAAGUGUCUGGGCCCACUAGCGCGUUGGGAGGAUACGCUCCGCGUGGCCAAGGAGAGCGGCUACAACAUGAUACACUUCACCCCUAUACAGGAACUGGGCGCUUCCAACUCGAGCUACAGCCUCGCGGACCAGCUGAAGCUGAACCCCGCGUUCGGCGCCGACGCCUCCUUCGCCGACGUCGAGAACCUUCUCACCAAACUGCGCUGCGAGUGGCGCGUGGCUUCCAUAUGCGACGUGGUCCUGAAUCAUACCGCUAAUGAAACGCCGUGGCUGACGCUCCAUCCCGAGGCCACCUACAACUGCGCAAACAUGCCCCGGCUGCGCGCCGCCGCGCUGCUGGACGCGGCGCUGGCGCGCGUGACGCGCGACGCGGCGCGGGGCGACCUGGUGCCGCGCGGCAUCCCGCCCACACUCAACCAGCACGAGCAGUUGGAGGCCGUGCGACAUUACUUGGAGACGUCGGCUGUGCCGGAGCUGCGCUUGCACGAACUGUACACCUGCAAUGUUGCCGAGCUGCUGCAGCAGUUUUACUGCCUCGCGAGGAACAAAGUGCCACCAGUGUCAGCGGGCGCAACAGCGGAGCUGACUCUAGUUCCAGACCCGUUGUACCGGCGGCUCCACGCGACUGUAGACAUGGACCGAGCCCUGCAGUUGUACAACGUGUACCGCGCCGACUGUUACGACGAGGAGGCGCGCCUCAAGAAAUGCUGCGAGGAGCUCCGCAGGACGCUGGAGCAACUCAACGCUGCGGCCCGAGAGGAGGUGGAGGGCCACCUCCGCGCCGCCCUAGACAACUGCGUCGCUGGCAUGAGAUACUUCCGCUUGCAGGCCGACGGGCCUAAAAUAGAAGAGGUUAGCGAGAAGAAUCCACUGGUGCCUAGAUACUUCACGGCGGCGGGCGAGUGCGGCUCGGCGGCGGAGGCGGAGUCCCUCGUGUACGGCGACGGCGGCCGCUUCGUCAUGGCGCACAACGGCUGGGUCAUGGACGCCGACCCGCUUAUGGACUUUGCUAACACUUCCAACGUGUACCUCCGGAGGGAGCUCAUCGCCUGGGGCGACAGCGUCAAGCUCAGGUACGGCGACAAGCCGGAGGACAGCCCGUGGCUGUGGGGGCACAUGCGCGAGUACGUGGAGCUGACGGCCGAGCUGUUCGACGGGCUCCGGCUUGACAACUGUCACUCCACGCCGUUACAUGUGGCAGAGUACAUGAUGGACUGCGCGCGCAACGUGAAGCCGGACCUGUUCGUGGCGGCGGAGUUGUUCACUAACUCAGACCACGUGGACAACAUCUUCGUCAACCGGCUCGGCAUCUCCGCGCUCAUCCGAGAGGCGCAGGCCGCAUGGGAUUCGCGCGAGCAAGGCCGCCUGCUGCACCGCUUCGGCGGGCGCCCGGUGGGGGCGUUCCGCCGCGCUCGAGUAGACACAGCCCGCCCCGGCGUCGCACCCGCCGUGCUGCUCGACCUCACGCACGACAACCCCUCGCCGCUCGAGAAGCGCUCCGUGCACGACGUGCUGCCCACAGCGGCGCUAGUGACCAUGGCGUUCUGCGCGUCGGGCUCGACCCGCGGCCUAGACGAGCUAGUCCCACACCACAUACAUGUGGUGGACGAAGCGAGGCUCUACCCCGAGUGGGGUACCAAUGAGGGCAACGUGGGCGCCUCGCACGGCCUGAUACAGGCUAGGAGAGAGCUCAACCUGCUGCACUAUCAGCUCGCUCAACAAGGCUACGAUGAGGUAUAUGUGGAUCAAAUGACGGAUGCGGUGACAGCAGUAACCCGUCACUCGUCCACGUCUCGGCGCUCGGUGCUACUGGUAGCACACACGGCGUUCUCGGCGCCGCAGGGAGAUGGUCCGCUUCCGCCACCGCUGCGUUUCGAGGGAGAUCUCGAGGAAAUACUCUUUGAGAUGGAGCUUCAGCCCAGGAGCGGCGCGGUGUACACUAAAAAUGUGCGUUUCAUCAACGGCCUGGAGCAGUGGACGGCCGCCGUCCGUCGUCGGCCGGCGCCGGACGCCGCGCAGUUCGUGUCGGCCGCGAGGAGGGACGGGGCGCACACCGUGCUGGACUGGCGCGCCUUCCCGCCCGGCGCGGUCAUAGCCGUGCGAAUAGCGCCUCGCGCCGCGCAGCGCGCCGCCCUCGACACCAUCACGCGCGCGCUCUCCGCGUGGGAGGCGCGCGCGCCCGACGCGCUCGGCCUGCAGCGCGCCUUACAGCCGCUCGACCUGGCCGACUACAACGUGCUGCUGUACCGGUGCGACGCGGAGGAGCGCGACGCGGGCGCCGGGGGGGUCUACGACGUGCCCGGCCACGGCCCGCUCGUCUACGCCGGCCUGCAGGGCCUGAUAUCGCUGCUGGAAGAGGUCCGGUCCGGCGACGCGCUCGGGCACGCCGUGUGCGACAACCUGCGCGCCGGCGACUGGCUGCUGGACUACACGUGGCGCCGGCUGGCGGCGCCGCAGCUCGCGAACGUAGCCACGAGGCUAAGGGAGCUGUUGGCGCCGCUCAAGGACCUACCGAGGUACUUAGUACCGGCGUAUGCGGAAGCGACGCUCCGCGCGGUGUACGACGCGGUGACGCGCGCCGCGUUAGCGCGUAUGACGCCCGAAAGCCGCGCUGGGUCGCUGCCGCGCGCGCUGGCGCUAUGCAGCGUGCAGCUGGUGGGCGCGGUGCCCGGAGCCCACCUCCCCCCUCCCUCCCCCGCGCUGCCCCCGCCGCGCCCGCCGCCCGCGCCCGCCUCGCUCACGCUGUCCGCGGGGCUGCCGCACUUCGCCACCGGCUACAUGCGCUGCUGGGGCCGCGACACCUUCAUCGCGCUGCGCGGCACGCUGCUGCUCCUGGGGAGAUACCAGGUGUGUGCUGUCCUGUGCUACCGCCGCCCGCGCCCGCCUCGCUCACGCUGUCCGCGGGGCUGCCGCACUUCGCCACCGGCUACAUGCGCUGCUGGGGCCGCGACACCUUCAUCGCGCUGCGCGGCACGCUGCUGCUCCUGGGGAGAUACCAGGUGUGUGCUGUCCUGUGCUACCGCCGCCCGCGCCCGCCUCGCUCACGCUGUCCGCGGGGCUGCCGCACUUCGCCACCGGCUACAUGCGCUGCUGGGGCCGCGACACCUUCAUCGCGCUGCGCGGCACGCUGCUGCUCCUGGGGAGAUACCAGGUGUGUGCUGUCCUGUGCUACCGCCGCCCGCGCCCGCCUCGCUCACGCUGUCCGCGGGGCUGCCGCACUUCGCCACCGGCUACAUGCGCUGCUGGGGCCGCGACACCUUCAUCGCGCUGCGCGGCACGCUGCUGCUCCUGGGGAGAUACCAGGUGUGUGCUGUCCUGUGCUACCGCCGCCCGCGCCCGCCUCGCUCACGCUGUCCGCGGGGCUGCCGCACUUCGCCACCGGCUACAUGCGCUGCUGGGGCCGCGACACCUUCAUCGCGCUGCGCGGCACGCUGCUGCUCCUGGGGAGAUACCAGGUGUGUGCUGUCCUGUGCUACCGCCGCCCCGAUAUAUGCCCUUCACCUUGCCGGUCGAGCCCCGUUGGAACAGUCCGGGUCGAAUCGGGCCCGCGAACUCUUAACUUUAGCCCUGCGGAAAAGAAGACGCUACGAAACUAAAAGCCAUAACAUCUGGCAGAUGAAAGUGAAGCAGGAGAGCCACAAGCUGAUGUUCAAGUUUGAAGUUCAAAUAUACUUUAUUCAUAGCAACAAGCACGUAUGUACGUAAUGUACGUAAUGUACG